AUGGCGUUCGUGUUGGCGAAGACAACCUGGGUGGAGUCCGACUUCAGCAUCCUGAAAUGGGAGAAGGACGAGUUCCUCAUGAAUCUCCUCGACCUGUCGCUCGAGGGUAUCUUCCAGGCCAAGCAGUUCAAGCUCCUGGGCCCAACCCAGUGCCCCAAGCAAACGAUGAUGAUGAUGACGACACGCCGUGACGUGGUCGAGGUGGAGGGAGUCUCGGGCCGGAAGCGCAAGUCGCGCAGCGACAUCAUACCAGAAGACCUACUUCGCCGGCACCAACACUCUCCACAACUACUGUACAUGGACCUGUUGAACUCGUCGAUCGAGGACGAGGUCGAGAAGAAUUUUAUUGACUGUGAGGCAAUUAUCGCGGACUUGUUCUUUCGCGACGACGACAACGACGAAGACAGCGGUGACCAAGUACACGUAGUGAAACAUACAAAGUGCAACAACGCUCGGACACCACGAACAACCACAGUGAUGCCGGAGGCCAUGUUGGUGUGGGCCGCGGGAGUUGGACGUGGGAUUUGGUCGCCCGCGGCCGACUUUAUCCAUCAAGCUUGUCGCGGCGGAAGCCGUGUCGGUGUGGGCUGCGGGAGUUGGCCGUUGGAGAUGGUCGCCCCUGCCCAAGGCUGA